UAAACCAAGAAGAAGAAGAAAAAGAAGCCGAAGUUCUUGUUGCACACUCAGCACGCGUUCGUUGCUAAGCAACUGCUUUAAACGUUAGUGGCACUGGAAGUCAAACAACGGCGUCUUACCUUGGUUCCUGUUUGAGUUUGAAAGUUAGCUAGCGUCCGCUAAGUCACGCCGCGUCUGUUGUAAAGAUGUCGUUGAAGCAGAGUAUCGGCGACGCAAAGUACAUGAACAAGAGAAUUCCCCAGAACCCCAAAUAUCAACAUGUAAAAUCCAGACUAGAUACAGGUUUCAGCCUGUCAAAGCACAUGGAAAGGCUGGAGGAGCUCAAGAAAAAUUACAGAUAUAAAAAAGGCGAGAUUUUUAAGAGGCUCAAAGUGACGACGUUUGCUCAGCUGGUGCUACAAGUGGCUUCAGUGUCCGACCUGAACGAGAGCAUCAUGGACGACGUGCCUAGACUUGAAGAUGUUGUUUCAGAGUCGGGAGAAGGAGACCAUCAUUCAGACCAGACAGACGGUACGCCCCGCCUUCAACCCGUCACACCUGCUGACGCCAACGAUCCGAGCGACACCGCGUUUUCCCCCAGAUCCACGCUUCAGAGCGUGAUCAAUGGUGUAGGAGACUUGGAUCUGGACAAGGACAGGACGAGCGGCGUGAACCGGACUCCACCGAGUAGGCCGUGUGCUGCAGAGACUCCAUACCCAGACUGCCCUUACCUGCUGCUGGACGUGCGGGACAGAGACCUGUACCAUCAGUGCCACGUCAUCAGCGCACACAAUUAUCCCAUUGCAACUCUCUCCAGGACGAUGAAUCCUUACACCAAAGAAGUUCUCAAUUAUAGAAAUGUUCAGGGAAAGAUCAUCAUCUUGUACGACGAGGACGAGAGGAUGGCGAGCCAGGCGGCCACCACCAUGUGCGAGAGAGGCUUCGAGAAUCUCUUCAUGCUCUCUGGAGGUUUGAAGGUGAUAGCACAGAAGUUUCCGGAAGGAAUGACCACCGGCUCUUUUCCCGUCACCUGUCUUCCUUCACCGAAGGGACCCUCGGGUCGGAAACAGGCCACGCUCCGCCAGACACCGCGGCCAGCCCAAAACAAAUGGCGUUUCACCUCUGAAGACCUCCACAACAUCCAGAACUAUCUGGACGAGGUGCUGAUACCCAGUGAGACCAGCAGUCGUCUGAGCAGCAGGAUGUCCAUCAGCAGUGCUAACUCUAAUGUAUCCAGUGCAUGGAGCAGUCGACUCAGCUCGGGGAGUGCCAGGUCACAGAGCAGUCGGCCCUGGAAAUAACCUCUCAUCAUCCCGUUAUAACAGGAUACCUAUCCAGUGAUGGGCUCCUGAUGUGCACCGGUGCGAGUGACCUGUUCGGAGUUGUAUAAUUCAAUCGAAAUAAAAACUACAGGAAGUCCAAAAUGCA